AAUCGAGGAAAAUUUCAUCAAAUCAGAGUCGAUCCUUCUUGCAGUAUGCAACCCGGUCAUUUUCAAAUCGGGCAGUUACUAUCAAAUUAAAUGAUUAUUGAUUUUUGGUUGAAUCUUCACUUAUAAUAAAAUUUUUAUAAAAAUGACAUCGAAAACUGAAACUGUCGAAAAAAAUGAAGCAGAGACAAAAGUGGGACCUUUCACUUUUAAAACCAAACCGAAAUAUAUGAUGUCGAUAUUCUUUUUGGUAGCACAUUGUAUUGGAAUUUAUGCAUUCUUUACCUUUCCAUAUACUACGCAUAAAAUAACUGUUUUGUGGAUGUUCCUAGUUGCAAAUAUUGCAAAAUUUGGAGAAACAGCCGGAGUUCAUCGCCUUUGGGCCCACAAAGCUUACAAGGCGAACGCACCUCUUCGAGCGUUUAUCCUUUUAUGUUACUACACAAAUGGCGGGCUAAAGGCCAAAGAUUGGAUAAAACUUCAUCGGUGCCAUCAUAAACACACAGAUACGGACGCAGAUCCACACAACACAAACCGCGGAUUCUUUUUCGCCCAUAUGGGUUGGUUGAUGUUGCAAAGACAUCCAGAGCUUAGAAAAAAAGUUCGGCAAAUUGAUUUUAGUGACAUUGAAGUGGACCCUGUACUCACAUAUGGAGACAAGUUCUACUUUCCAUUAAUGCUGAUGUGCUGCGUUAUCAUUCCUGCAAUUGUACCAGUAUACCUUUGGAACGAAACAUGGCGUUUAUCAUUGUACCAAGUAUUGAUAAGGUUUUUAACAGUAGGGCAUAUAACAGCGACUGUGAACAGUGUUGCACACUAUUGGGGCUCGAAACCAUAUGACAGGAGUAUAUCGCCAGUGGAGAAUAAGACAAUUGCAAUCUUAACAUUGGGCGAAGGUUGGCAUAACUACCAUCAUAUAUUCCCAUGGGAUUACAAGGCAGCUGAACUUCCCAUUUACAGUGUGAAUGUAACGACUUUUUUUAUCGAUCAGUUUGCCAAACUUGGUUGGGCGUAUGAUUUAAAACAACCGUCACCUGAAUUAGUAAAAAGAACUUGUCUCAAUAGAGGAGAUGGCACUCACCAAGUUUGGGGGCAAGAAGUUGCUGCACCAGAAAAUUGAAAAUAUAAUUUAUAAUUAGUGUAUCAGCAUCGUAAUAAUAUAGGUAAAGCAUGCAAAAUAAGAUCAUAUCCUAUUUAAGAAGAGUAGUAAAUUUUUUAUGUUUCGACUAUAAUUUAUUAAUAUUUACUGAAAUAAAUUGUUGGAACUUAAACCAUUAUUUUGAUUUUAACAAUUUAAAAAUUUUUGCUACAGAAAAAAAUACGUAUAAAAGAUGCAUAAUAGAAUCCAUUCUUAUUAAGAAACAUCAAAAUAUUUCGAUUAACUUACAGACAGAAAUCAUGAAUGUCCACAAAAUAUAUCAAAGUAUUAUAAAAUAAGCAAAACCAAGUUAAAAUUCUGUUACUUUGGCGCGCUUUCCUCAUUCGCGGUUUCUUUAAAUGAUGCCUUUAUUCUGUAUUAUUGAAUUUACCACCUUAAUGUAUGUCUCUUCUCUGCUUUGCUAUAUGUUCGUCGUUGUCCCAAAACACUGUAAGGAUUUUUUCGUUCAAUUAUGAUAUAGUUUCUUAAAAAAAGCCUCUUCAAUUUUUAUAAGGCUUUGUUAUUAUAUGCGUUUUUGUAAAUUUUAAUUUAAUUGUCACGCUGUUUUUCUCAAAAAUUAAAUAUUUAUGUUUUUCACAAGAUAAUAAGCACAGGUGAUUUUUAUUUCUUUUACUUUAAAAAAAAAUUUGUUCGUUUGUAAUUAUUUGUAAGAAAAGAUCGCUAUUUAUAUAUUAUUUAUUAAGAUUCUCUGAAAACAGCGCGCAAUAUUAAGCGAAACGUCAGAAUUUCAAUAAACGAACUUUCCAGUAA